UGCCGCUGGCUCAGAAGGAGGCGUGGAACGCAAGAAUUUUACAGGCGAUUUUGACAGGGGCUCCCGGCAGUACUAUGGCGCACCAUUGGAAAGAGGCGUGGAACGCACAAUGAGGAAGUGGGAAGCGGCCGAUAGAGAUUUUCGGGUGGUCCUGCAGGCAGUCACACGGGGCCCCGGGAGUCAGAGAGAAGCCGCCAGACACAGGGAGAAUGAUGGGAAAGAAAGAUCCGCUGAGCGACAGAAUUCUUACUCUCACCCUGGAGAUUAUCCGCCUGCUGACUGGAGAGGACUGCGUUGUUAUGAAGAAGUCAGGUGACACCACCCCCCCACAGAGCUGCGCUGACUGUACAUUGGGAGGAGCCUGCAGGCACCAUGUAACCCCAACUGUGGGGGCCCUUCCUGCCCCUGGCUCCGCCCUACAGAAGGAAAAUUCCGAGAAGAUCCUGGAACUCAUCUCCAACAUCAUCCACCUGCUGACUGGAGAGGUUGCCAUAAGGUGUGAGGAUGUGGCCGUCUAUUUCUCCAUGGAGGAGUGGGAGUACAUUAGAGAGAACGAGGCUCUUUAUACAGGAGAAAGCAAAGAGAAUGUCCAGCAGCGCCCCCCGCUGGGCUGUACGAAUGAAGCUUCCGAUGAGAUUAAAGCUGCACCAGAAGCAGAAUUGCCCCCCAGUAACAACCCUGGACUCUGCACGGAUGGGAAUAUCACAAACACAGACAUCUCCAUGCAUCCUGCCCCCACAGAGCCGUCACCAUUGUAUGAUGAGAGGAGCCAAUCAGAUCUCAGCAUAAGUGAGCUUAGGGAACAGAGACAGGUCAUGCCUGCGGAGGGAUGCAGUAGGAAUAAGGACUUGCCGGGUAACAGUACCCCCAGUAGUAUUAAAGAGGAGUAUUCUCUGCGUGGGGCAGAAGCACAUUGUGAUGAUAGAGUUGAGGCACUUACAGAACAGGUAGGUCGGCCUUAUACCCCAUCUCCUGCCAUGGGCUGCAGCCUAGAUAAUGAUACAGCCAAUAGCAUCAAACAGGAGACUGACUCUUGGGACAUAGAAAGCCAAUCGGAUUGCGGCAGUGAAGCGCUUACAGGGACGGAUACAUCUAGUUACGGCCUGGGCCACAGCCAGAGUAACUCCGACACCUUGUUAUCCUCGCCUGGUGUUAGAGACAAGGCGGUGUCUUGCAAAGGGGCAAAGCAGUCACAUUCGACCGUCAGUAAACGUACAGGACUGAUACACGGAAUAGAUACGUCUUCCGACACCUUGGCAUCGCUUUAUACAGAGGAAGGAAACCAAUCAGAUUGCAGCACUAAUGCCCACACAGAGCCGACCACAGGGACCGACCCUUCUGCCUGUGUCGGGGGCUGCAGUGUGAAUACUGGGCUGCCGGAAUAUACGAUAAAUACAUCCGCAUAUGCUUCUCACCCAGGGACUGAUGCCUCGCCAGGUAAGUACACCUUUGAUGGGUACCAGAAACCCUUUAUAGACACCAGGAACCAAAACACGGAGGAGAAACUCUAUGUUUGCCAUGAAUGUGGCAAAUCCUUUUCCCAUAACUACCUCCUUGUGAGGCACCAGAGGAACCACAGCGGGGAGAAACCCUUUUCUUGCCUGGAAUGUGGGAAAAGCUUUACCCACAAUUACCUCCUUAUGCGGCAUCAGAGGUACCACACUGGCGAGAGGCCCUUCUCCUGCUCCGAGUGCGGCAAAUGCUUCACGCAAGUGUCGCAGCUUAAUUACCAUCAGAAAAGCCACACGGGGGAGAAACCGUUCACUUGUUCCAAAUGCGGGAAAUGCUUUGCGUAUCGCUCAUACCUGAUCAUACAUCAUCGGGUUCAUACGGGGGAGAAACCAUUCACCUGCACCGAAUGCGGGAAGUGUUUUACCCACAAUUACCUUCUGGUCCGGCAUCGAAAGAAUCACUCCCAAGAGAAAGCGUUCGCUUGUUCCGACUGCGGGAAGUCUUACACGCACCCGUCACAGCUCGCCAAUCACCAGCGGAACCAUGCGAGGGAGAAACCCUACACUUGCACUGAAUGCGGGAAGUGCUUCUCCCAUAACUACCUUCUGCUCAGGCAUCAGAAGAACCAUUCAGGGGAGAAACCGUUUGCUUGUUCCAAAUGCGACAGAUGUUUUGCACAAAUGUCCCAGCUGAAUUAUCACCUGAAAGGCCACACCGGGGAGAAACCGUUUCCUUGCCCCAAGUGCGGCAAGCGAUUCGCGUACCAUUCCCAGCUCCUUAUACACGACCGGACUCACACCGGGGAGAGGCCGUACAAGUGCAUGGAAUGCGGCAAGUGCUUUACGAGUCGCUCGCACCUUAACGUGCACCUUCAGUUUCACACUGGGGAGAAGCCGUUCCCGUGUACGGAAUGUGGGAAGCGUUUCACGCGCCGCUCGCACCUCAGUCUACACUACAGGUUCCACGGCGGGGAGGGAGGCUACUCGUGCUCCAUCUGCGGGAAGUCUUUCUCGCUCCACUCGCAGCUCAAUGAGCAUCUGCAGCUUCACGCGGGGGCGGCGCUGUUUAAAUGCUCCGAGUGCGAUAUCUAUUUCAAAAGCCGCUCGGUGCUGCUGGAGCACUACAGGUUCCACACGGGGGAGAAGAUGUUUUAUUGCUCCGAGUGCGACAAGUGUUUCCCGAGCCGCUCGCAGCUGAUCGUACACUACAGGGUGCACAUGGGCCCAAACAUCCUCGCUUGUCCCGAAUGCGACGAAGGCUUCGAGCGCCACUCUCAGCUCAUAGAGCAUCUCAGGACUCACACGGGGGAUAAGCCCUUCUCCUGCUCCGAGUGUGGCAAAUGCUUCGGCUUCCAGAGAAACCUCAAUGCCCAUGUUAGGGUUCACUCCGACCAGGAGGCGGCUGGCGGGGGUGUUUGUUGACCUGAAGGAUUUAUGGGAAAAGUUGGUAUAAAUACGGACACUGAUCUGACAUGUUCCCUCCGUAUUAAAGCAGUUGUUUUAUAAUAAACUCGCAGCAACGAUC